UCCCGGGCGUUCUAGCAGCGGAGCCGGGCAGCGGAGGCCGGCUGGGCUGGCAUUCACCCACGACCCCCCUCCCCUGCUAUGUCGGUCUAUCCGUAGCAGGUUCCAAGCCCCCCACCCCUGACCCCGCCCCAGUGGCAUGUGGGCAGAGCUAGCGGUGGCCAGGUACGCAGAGCCACUAGGGCUCUAGAGCACUCUGGAGGGCACCUCUGGUGCCUGCGGAGAUGCCCAACUGACAGGCGAGCCGGUGAGGACAGAAAAGUUCCCUUUGGGCCCGCGUCUGCUGCAUCCAUGGCACUGCCGGCCAGUCUACUGCCCUUAUGCUGCUUGGCGCUUCUGGCGCUCCCGGCCCAGAGCUGCGGGCCGGGCCGGGGCCCCGUGGGCCGGCGCCGCUACGUGCGUAAGCAGCUCGUACCGCUGCUCUACAAGCAGUUUGUGCCCAACGUGCCUGAGCGGACCCUGGGCGCCAGUGGGCCGGCUGAGGGGAGGGUGGCCAGGGGUUCCGAGCGCUUUCGGGACCUUGUGCCUAAUUACAACCCCGACAUCAUCUUCAAGGAUGAGGAGAACAGUGGUGCAGACCGUCUGAUGACCGAGCGCUGCAAGGAGCGUGUGAACGCGCUCGCUAUAGCAGUGAUGAAUAUGUGGCCCGGAGUGCGCCUCCGGGUGACCGAGGGCUGGGACGAGGACGGCCACCACUCGCUAGACUCGCUGCACUACGAAGGCCGGGCACUGGACAUCACCACCUCCGACCGCGACCGCAACAAGUACGGGCUGUUGGCGCGCUUGGCCGUGGAAGCUGGCUUCGACUGGGUCUACUACGAAUCCCGCAACCACGUCCACGUGUCGGUCAAAGCCGAUAACUCGCUGGCCGUGCGAGCAGGCGGCUGCUUUCCGGGAAACGCCACCGUGCGCCUGCAGAGCGGCGAGCGGAAGGGCCUCAGAGAGUUGCACGGCGGAGACUGGGUGUUGGCGGCCGACGCGGCAGGCCGGGUGGUGCCCACGCCGGUGCUGCUCUUCCUGGACCGGGACCUGCAGCGCCGGGCCUGGUUCGUGGCUGUGGAGACCGAGCGGCCCCCGCGCAAACUGCUGCUCACGCCCUGGCACCUGGUGUUCGCGGCUCGCGGGCCAGCGCCCGCGCCAGGGGACUUCGCCCCGGUGUUCGCGCGCCGGCUGCGCGCGGGAGACUCGGUGCUGGCGCCCGGCGGGGACGCCCUCCGGCCGGCGCGCGUGGCCCGCGUGGCGCGCGAGGAGGCCGUGGGCGUGUUCGCCCCGCUGACGGCGCACGGGACGCUGCUGGUGAACGACGUCCUGGCCUCGUGCUACGCGGUUCUGGAGAGUCACCAGUGGGCACACCGCGCCUUUGCCCCUUUGCGCCUGCUGCAUGCGCUAGGGGCGCUGUUCCCGGGUGGCACCGUGCAGCCCACUGGCAUGCACUGGUACUCUCGGCUCCUCUACCGCCUGGCUGAGGAGCUGCUGGGCUGAGAGCCCCGGCUGGACCAGCUGGGGCUGCGGUGGGGGCUGCUGGCCGAGACCUGGGGAUGAAGUGGAGGGGAGAGGCUACUGGGGAGGACCAGAGGGGCAGGAGGGCUGUGGGGACUGCCUGUUUAAGGGGUGACUGAGAACUGAGAGAAGUGAUCCCUGGGUCCUAGGUAGCUGAUGUUGAUGGCAGAUCUCUUGGUACCCAGGGCCUUAGCCCCACCCAAUAGUUUUAUUUUAUUUUCUAUUUAUAAAUUGUAAUAUAAUGAUCUGCUUGCUUGCCCAGCCUGUCAAGGGAAGGGGCUGGGGCACUGCCUUAACUGCUGCCUGACGCAGCCAGACAUUUUGACUGACAGGUGGGCUAAUAAAGGGGAGGCUUCUGGGA